CCUCGGCCAUGGGCGAGCACCCCAGCCCGGGCCCCGCAGUGGCCGCCUGCGCCGAGGCGGAGCGCAUCGAGGAGCUGGAACCCGAGGCCGAGGAGCGGCUGCCCGCGGCGCCGGAGGACCACUGGAAAGUCCUGUUUGAUCAGUUCGACCCCGGGAACACGGGCUACAUCAGCACAGGCACGUUCCGCAGCCUCCUGGAGAGCCACAGUGCCAAGCUGGACCCGCACAAAAGGGAGGUGCUCCUGGCCCUCGCCGACAGCCACGCGGACGGGCAGAUCUGCUACCAGGACUUUGUCAACCUGAUGAGCAACAAGCGUUCCAACAGCUUCCGCCAGGCCAUCCUGCAGGGCAACCGCAGGCUAAGCAGCAAGGCCCUGCUGGAGGAGAAGGGGCUGAGCCUCUCGCAGCGACUGAUCCGCCACGUGGCCUAUGAGACCCUGCCCCGGGAGAUUGACCGCAAGUGGUACUACGACAGCUACACCUGCUGCCCUCCGCCCUGGUUCAUGCUCACGGUCACACUGCUGGAGGUUGCCUUUUUCCUCUACAAUGGGGUGUCACUGGGUCAGUUUGUACUGCAGGUAACUCACCCACAUUACCUGAAGAACUCACUGGUUUACCACCCGCAGCUCCGAGCGCAGGCUUGGCGCUACCUGACGUACAUCUUCAUGCAUGCGGGGAUAGAACACCUGGGACUCAACGUGGUGCUGCAGCUGCUGGUGGGGGUGCCCCUGGAAAUGGUGCAUGGAGCUACCCGAAUCGGGCUUGUCUAUGUGGCCGGCGUUGUGGCAGGGUCCUUGGCGGUGUCUGUGGCUGACAUGACCGCGCCGGUCGUGGGCUCUUCCGGAGGGGUGUAUGCUCUCGUCUCUGCCCAUCUGGCCAACAUCGUCAUGAACUGGUCGGGCAUGAAGUGCCAGUUCAAACUGCUGCGGAUGGCUGUGGCCUUGAUCUGCAUGAGCAUGGAGUUCGGGCGCGCCGUGUGGCUCCGCUUCCACCCGUCGGCGUAUCCCCCGUGCCCUCACCCGAGCUUCGUGGCGCACCUGGGCGGCGUGGCGGUGGGCAUCACCCUGGGCGUGGUGGUCCUGAGGAACUACGAGCAGAGGCUGCAGGACCAGUCGCUGUGGUGGAUCUUCGUGGCCAUGUACACUGUCUUCGUGCUGUUCGCCAUCUUCUGGAACAUCUUUGCCUACACCCUGCUGGACCUGAAGCUGCCACCACCCCCGUGAGGGCUGGCGGCCCGAGGUGGGGGAGGGGAGGGAGAAGCAGCACCCACAGGGCUACCUGUGUGCUUCUAAUCGUCACCAGCUCUGUGAGGAUGGGCAGGCAAGGGCAGAACAGCGGGGCUGCUGUAAUAUUUGUGCUUUUGGACAGACAGUGAACUCUUUCCUGAAAGGCAUCUGGUGGAGG